AUGCGCACAUCAGCACAGAAUAACAGUAGUCAGCAGCAUCGCUGGUCGGUGCAGGUAAAUGUAGUUUUCCUAAAGCCGGAACUACAGAAUCCUCCUCUAGCUUCAGGUCCUGCUCCCCCGCAGGACGAACCGGUGCCGGACACCCUGGAGCUCCUCAGACCCCUACUGUACUGGGACCGGAAGGACCCGGCCGGCCUGGACCACAUCAAACCAUGCUGGUACUGGGACAAGAAGGACCUGGUCCACACUCCGUCCCAGGCUGAGGGUCUGGAUCCCGCCACCGAGGCCCGGUACCGCCGAGAGGGGGCCCGGUUCAUCUUCGACGCGGGGACUAGACUCGGCCUACACUAUGACACUCUGGCUACAGGCAUCGUUUACUUCCAUCGUUUCUACAUGUUUCACUCCUUCAAACAGUUCCCCAGAUAUGUAACAGGAGGAUGCUGCCUCUUCCUGGCAGGUAAAGUGGAGGAGACUCCAAAGAAGUGCAAAGACAUCAUAAAGACGGCUCGCGGUUUGCUCAACGACGUCCAGUUCGCUCAGUUUGGAGACGAUCCAAAGGAGGAGGUGAUGGUGUUGGAGCGCAUUCUGCUGCAGACCAUCAAGUUUGACCUGCAGGUGGAGCAUCCAUACCAGUUCCUGCUGCGCUAUGCCAAGCAGCUCAAAGGUGAUAAGAACAAGGUGCAGAAACUGGUUCAGAUGGCCUGGACCUUCGUCAAUGACAGUCUGUACACCAUGGUGGCCCUGCAGUGGGAGCCUCAGAUUAUCGCUGUAGCCGUCAUGUACCUGGCAGGUCGUCUCUCUAAAUUCGACCUCCAGGAAUGGACCUCCAAACAGACGAACCGCCGCUGGUGGGAGCAGUUUGUCCACGACGUACCUGUGGAGGUUCUAGAAGAUAUCUGCCAUCAGAUCCUUGAUUUGUACUCUCAGGCCAAGCAGCAGAUUCCUGAUGGAGGGAUGAGUGCUGGAGACACCCCCCUCCCCCCCUCCAUCCUGUCCCCCUCAGUCCCUCCCCCAACGAAGAAGACUUCCCCUCAGACCAGCCCUCGACCCCCCCGACCAGCACAGCCGUCUCCCAAAGAAGACAACAAAGUCAUCAAGCUCACUAAUCCAGAGCUGCCGCCUCCGCCUCCUCCACCUCCACCUCCUCCUCCUGUUUCUAUGAACACAGAUCUUAAACCCCCCUCCUCCUACCCUCCAGCCCCUGAGCCACCCUCUAAACCACCACCCCCUCCUUUACCCCACUGCCCCCCUCCGCCCCCUCCCCCUCCUAUAGACCUGCCCCCUCCCUCCAGCUCUCUGCUGUCCAGUGAGGGUUACCAGACCAUCCAGUCCAUGAUGAACACCUCAAUACCUCAGGCCUGUGCACCACCCAUGAACUAUCACCACUACCCCCCAGGCACCACCGCCUACAACGCCCCUCCUCUGUCAGUCUACAGCUACCUGCUGGGUCCGCCCCCCUCCGUCAUGGGGCUACCUCCUAGUCUGAGCGGGGCGUAUCACCCUCCUCCUAACACGGGACAACAUCAGCUGCCCCCUCCUAUGCCACCUGGGAUGCUGCCGCCCGGACAGAACCACAGGACCUGGAUGAGAUGAGAACCACGAGGACUCAACAAGUAACACUGACCUCGGAUCAGAUAUAUCCAAUCAGAGAUCAAUCCAAUCAGAGAUCAAUCCAAUCACAGAUCAAUAAUCCAAUCACAGAUCAAUAAUAAAUUACAGUCCAAUCAGGAUUUAGUAAUCCAAUAGUCAAUCAUAAAUCCAGAGAUCCAUUGUCUAAUCAGAGAUCAGUAACCCAUCAUGCAUCAAUUACGGUAUCCAAUCAGUAAAUCAGACUGUAAAUAUAAACUCCAUUGUUUAUGUUUUAGCUGUUUGCUAUAAAAUCUGU